AAUGAAUGAAUGAAUGAUGGAUAGAUGGAAGCAUACUCGAGUAUAAAAUUACAGCACUUGUUUUGAAAAAUUGCAGCCAAAACUAUACUGCUGGUUUGCUGAACGAGCGAAUGAAUAAAUGAAUGAAUGAUUGAAUAAAUAGAUGGAUGAAUGAAAAUAUGAGUGAAUGUAUGAUUGAAUGCUUCAAUGAAUGGAUGAAUGAAUGAAAAUAUGAAUGAAUGAUUGUUUCACUCAUUUAUUCACCAACAAUCCAGGUUUCUUCCCAUGCAUCACAAUCUUAUUCAAUCUUCAAAGAGAAAUCGGUUACUUCCUAAUCCAAGUUUACGUGCCGAGCAUCUUGGUGGUCAUCUUGUCUUGGGUCUCCUUCUGGAUCAAUAUCGAAGCCUCCCCCGCCAGAGUUUCUAUUGGUCUACUAACUGUCUUAACCACAACUACAAUGAGCGCUGGUGCCAGGGCCGCCUUACCACGCGUCUCAUACAUCAAGGCCCUAGACGUCUGGAUGAUUGUCUGUCUGGUUUUUGUCUUCACCAGUCUACUGGAGUAUGCAGUCGUCAAUGUAAUUUCUAGACGGGUGUCUGGAAGAGGUAAAAGGUGUUUCAGUAGCGGGAGCAGCGGCGUUUUCGACUGCAAAGGAAGGCAUGGUUGUGGUAGUAGGAAUUGUAGGAGGUACAGCGGUACCCCGGAUGGGAAAACCCAGGCUGUUAACAUCGACAAAUUUUCCAGACAAGUGUUUCCGGUUUCGUUUUUGAUCUUCAACAUCAUUUACUGGGUCAUUUAUUCGUCUAAUUAUAGAAGAGCUACGUCAUCAUCGUCAUCGUCGUCGUCGUCAUAAUUUUGAUUAUUGUUGCUGGUUUGAAUGUUUCUUAAAAAUUGAAAUUCAUACAAACCAGUGAAUUCAAUAUGGGAAAUAAAGAAAGAAAGAAUGAAUGAACGAAUGAAUGAAUAGAUGAAUGAAUGAAUAAACGAACGAACGAACGAAUGAAUGAAUGAAUGAACGGAUGAAUGAGCGAACGAACGAAUGAAUGAAUGAAUGAUUUUUGAUUAAUGAUAAAAUAUUACUACUACUACUACUACUACUACUACUACUACUUACUACUACUACUACUACUACUACUACUACUACUACUACUACUACUACUACUACUACUGCUACUACUACUACUACUACUACCACAACAACUGCUACUACUGCAGCUACUUGAAAAAUACUACGAAAAGAUAUAGAAAAACUGUGAAGCACCAUUAUUUUAUUUCACUGCUCUAUGCUGCUAAAAAACUUUUCUAUGUUUAUCCAAGGAUUCUGCAAAGUUGAUGCUAACAACAAGCUCACGGAAAGUUACUAUCUUUUUCUCUCUCCGUCUCUCUCCCUCUCUCUCUUUUUCUUUCUCUUUCUUGUUGUUUUAUUUCUUUGUUUCUUGUUUUACGUUUGAAGGAGUUUUGGAUAAUCUGAAUAAUUUUUCAGAAUAAAUUUUGAAAUUAA